AUGUCAAUUGUAUCACUAUUAGGUAUCAAAGUUUUAAACAAUCCUGCUAAAUUCACAGACGCUUAUGAAUUCGAAAUCACUUUUGAGUGUUUAGAGUCUUUAAAGAAUGAUUUGGAAUGGAAACUGACCUACGUCGGUUCGUCCCGUUCUCUGGACCAUGAUCAGGAACUCGACUCCAUCUUGGUUGGCCCGGUCCCGAUUGGUGUUAACAAAUUCAUAUUCUCUGCCGAUCCUCCCUCCGCCGAACUAAUUCCUGCCAGUGAGUUGGUUAGUGUGACCGUUAUCCUACUAAGUUGUUCCUAUGACGGGAGGGAGUUUGUUAGAGUGGGCUACUACGUAAAUAACGAGUACGAUGAGGAAGAGUUAAGAGAGAACCCGCCAGCAAAGGUUCAGGUCGACCAUAUUGUAAGAAAUAUACUAGCUGAAAAGCCAAGAGUCACAAGGUUUAACAUCGUUUGGGAUAAUGAAAAUGAAGGAGACCUGUAUCCGCCUGAACAACCGGGCGUAGAUGAGGAGGACGAUGACGAGGAGGACGAUGACGACGAUGAGGAAGAAGAUGAUGACGUUGACGAAGAAGAAGAGAACGAAGACGAAGAGAACGGAGAGGAGGAGGCUGAGGAGGAAGCCGAAGAAGAUGGCGACGAAGAGGAGAAGACCGAAGAUAAUGAAACGAAUCUUGAAGAGGAGGAGGAAGAUAUAGAAAACAGCGAUGGCGACGAAGACGAGGCUGAAGAAGAAGUAGGCCCCUCAAACGGGCAUGAAGACGGCAGUGACAAGAAGAGGAGGAAAACAGAGGAGCAGCCCACAGAUAUCGAGUCCACGCCAAAGGACACAGCACCCCCAACCAAUUAG